GAAUUCACUUCCGCUGCUGCCAGCUGCAGCAUAGACAGACGACGGAUAUCAACCGGUAGACAAUACUCUAUUUAUAGAACAAAUAUCAUUUAAGAGAUCGUGGGAAGAAUUUUAAAUACACUUUUCGAGAAUAACACCAUCUAAAAUAUCCUGUUUUAUGGUCCGUAAAGGUACUGAGAAGGCUAGUUUAUCUAACGUUAGAUAGGUGAGUUAGCUGGCUAGCUAACUGCUCUCAACGAAAGAGAUGGGGACAAGAGCUAGUCGUUUACAAGAGGACCCAGUGCCUUCGACUUUCGAGAAAGAUGGCAUCACCCGGGAUUCCUAUCGACGACCCCGGUGCAGUAGGCCCACCAGUAUUAUGGUAGACUUUUUGGGGAGUUUUGACGAUUCAGAGACCAACCAUAGCCGAUCGGAGGAGGGCAGCGAUUCGGACAUGGGGCAACAGGCGAGCACCGGUGGAAGCCCCGUCGACCACAAGAGCCACCCGUCCAUCAGCCCAUCAUCACCAGCAGAAGACAACAGCGAAUGCAAACGCGAGGAAGACUGCAAUAGCAGUCCUGCGGGUGCUGUAAACGGGGAACAUCUGCCUGGAGAGGAGACCGGCCAAGUGCCUCACCGCACUUUCUCUGAACGUUUACCCGGUAAUCGACACUCUUCUGGGCGCAACGUCAGCGCAAGAUCCGCACGGAUGAGAGGCAUCCAUCAGCGCCCAGUGUCGGAGGCUUGGAUUGGCCUCUACCGUGUCAACAACCGACAUGGCAAUAUCCGCUGUCCGUUCUGCUCCAAGCCUUUCCCGGGUGGCAGAAUUGAGGAUCACCUGUUGAGCUGUCUCACAUCUCCCCCUCUCCCUUACAACAUGGAUGUGCUGAGUAAGGACAGCGGUGAGUGUUCCAUCUGUCUGGACGAGCUGCAGCAGGGAGAGACCAUCGCCCGGCUGGCCUGCCUUUGUGUCUACCACAAGAGCUGUAUUGACUCCUGGGCGAAGGUGAAGACCUGCUGUCCUGAACACCCUUUUGAUUGACUCAUGGGUCACAUGUCCUGCUCAGUGACACACCUGACUCAGGUAUGUACAUGUUCAUAACCACAUUUGUUCCAUCCUCAUGAUGUCACAUUACCCAACUGGGUAGAAGUUAGUGUGGACAUGAUUAUGUACUUGAAUAUGAAGAUAUUUUUAUAUGAAGGAUUACACAUUCCAAAUGUUUCUGCCGUACUUUAGAUUUUUACCCCACAGGAGACUGCAAUGUAUCUACAAUUGCAGAAAAUAUACUACGACAAAGAUUAAUACCAGAGGCAAGCCUCCUAAUAACGACACAACCCCACAAAGAUGCGACCAAUGACCACUUUACCAUCUUGGACCUGGUUUAGUCCAUUUGAACUCAAUGCAGACCACUAUAAUCACCCCUGGAAUAGAUGGCACCUCUCCUCUGUCAAUGUAGCCGAAACUAUAGCCUAAACUGCUGGAGGGGAUAUAAUAUCAUACCAGGUUGGCAGUACCCUGAAAGACCUUUGGAACUCAAGGAGAGGAAAAUGUGUUUCUGUGCUCCCUGCAUUCUUCUUACCCUAAUGUGGACUAUCCAUAUGAAAAGGUAAUGUUCUCUUUCCUGAUGCUGCAAAACAAUAUUGUGCAGAGAUUCACGUUACAGUGGAUAAAUGUUUCUGUUCAUAAAAAAACAGCCCAGUUCCGGGAAAAAAUAAAUGAGUUGAUUAUGUGUAAAUAUUGCAAUGUAUUGUUUUUAAAAGCCAUAUGUUGGAACGCAGGGCUUUAUUUUGUGGGUGGGGUUGUCAUAGUGAUUGUAGGUGUUUUUCUGUUGUCACCAUGACACAUUUCAGGAGAAGGAUGGUGGGUGUGAGUUGAUUGAUAGUUUGGUCAGUUUAGGUCAGUUUGUUUGGUUGGUGCUGACACCACUGUAUUAGGUCCUUUACUGCAGCGGUAGCAGGUUGUUGAUAUUUCCAUACGGUUGUUUGUGUGUGUGUGCGUGCGAUAGCGGUGUGGACGAAUGGGGCCAGCUAAUGUUGAGAUGACACCGCCUACUGGACCGCAAAAGUGAACUGCAGUCCUCUCACUGGCUGUAUACAUGAGAGGUGUGUGUGCUUAGUGCCCUGGGUGAAAGCGAUAGUUUUAAUCAUUGUGAUACUUUGUUCCUAAAAGUAUCUGUGUGAUUAAAAACAUUCUGCUACUUUGACAUGGCCUCCCUCUGUGAGACCCACCUCGCCUGUUGUGCUGAAGGCAUGUGGUGGUGUUUGUGGGUCUUCAUGUCCCCCUGCCUCUCAAGGGUGUUGUCCGGAUUGUUGGACCAGGCCCUGUGCGCUAGUCUGGCCAUCUGGCUCCCUGCAUUCAUGUCUGAAUGGGAGGGAUGAUGUAUUUAAUGGCAUGAUUACUCCAUAAGGCAGCUGCCUUGCCUAUCCCAUGAUUCCUGUCGCUGGAAGCAAAGAACAGCUGAUGGGGUGAUUCUUAUAUUACCCCACCCCCCUUUCCUCAUAAGAGGAUUUAUAGACAUUGUAUUAUUCCAGUUAUUAUUAUUACUACUAAAUGUGCUAAGCAGAUACAUUUGCCUGUGUUUUGGUUGCCUUUGCCUGGUGAGAUGUGUCUGUCCAGGCUCCUCUGGUGUGGUGUACUCUGGGGAUCAGUGGUGAUGCUACCAGCAUGAGGAUCAGCACUGUUCAGCAUUCCUAUUGGAUGAUAUCCCCGAGUUCCUGCCCCACAUCUUGCAUUCUGAACUGAGGUGCUACGACCUUUCCUGCCCCUAGAUGGCAGCCUGGUGCAUGUUACUCUUUCGUCCCCAAAAAAUAAGAAAGAACUAUUCCGCCAAAAGUAUGUAUGCAUGUCUGUGUACAUGAAUCAGUGGUAGGGGAUGUGUGUGAAACAGAGAGAAAUUGAUCAUUAGACAUAAAUGUUACAAUAUUCGUGGUGAUGAUGAAUAAUGAUGUUGUGUACUUUUGAGGAGGGAGCGGAGGGGUUGUCAGUGAAAAUAUGGACAAUCUGAAGCCCCAAAUGUUCCUUUACUUUACUACUCUUCCCUUUUAGCUGUGUGGUGCAAUACCUCCAUUUUUACAUAUGUUAUUACUCGGCAGCAUAGCUUUUCUCCAAGGACGAUAAUUGAUAUAUUCAAUGAUAAUGUUUUUAAGGUCACCAUGGUGAUAUCUGUCCAUAUCUUGGGAUGCAAUCUGCCUUCUCUGGUAUAACAGAACAAUCAGUUUAUUUAUUAAAGUGUACAUAUGUAUUGCAAUUCAAAAUGGCUUGGUCUUUGUCUGUUCAUUAUACUGUUUCUAAGCUCCAAUCUUUUGUAUGUCUCAAAGUUGUUUUUAUAUGUAUUUUUAUAUGUAUUUUGUAUGUAAUAAAUAUACUUGUGUGAGA